AUAUACUAAAAAUAAACAUAGUACACUUUGGUUUGUUAACAAGCACCUGUCUUCUUGCCGUUAAAUUCAUCGUUCUUUUUCUUUUCACUCUGUUUUCAUCUCCCCGACUUUGACCCAUCUUCCACCGAUACGACCUAAGCAACCCCAUCUCACCAAAAAUUCAAAAACCUUCUUUCUCAAUUCAUCAAUCGUUGAUUCUAUACAUACAGACCCAUUUAUAUGAUAUGAUAUAUGUGUAUGUAUAGAAUUGAUUGAAGAAUUAGAGAUGGAUCUGGGAAAGAAGGUGAUAUUCGUAUUAGUGUUGGUGGUGUGUGAGUUGGGGUGGGCUAAGGGGAAUGUGGUGUUUGAGGUGAAGCAUAAGUUUGGUGCGCGUGGGGAAAGAUCUUUGAGUGCUUUGAGAGCUCAUGAUCAUAGAAGACAUGCUAGAAUGCUUGCUGCUAUAGAUCUUCCUCUUGGUGGCAAAGGCCGUGCUGGUGAUUCAUCGCUCUUCUACACAAAAAUUGGCAUUGGAACUCCUUCAAAAGACUAUCACCUCCAGGUUGACACAGGAAGUGACAUUCUUUGGGUGAAUUGUGCUGGCUGCAACAAUUGUCCUAAGGAUACCAAGCUUGGUAUUAAGUUGGCUACUUAUGAUCCAAAGGGUUCUUCGACUGGAACACCCGUCACCUGCGAUCAGGAAUUUUGCACUGAUGUAUUAAAGGCCUCAUAUUCUGAUUGCUCGGUUGGAAGGCUUUGUGAGUAUUCUAUCACUUACGGAGAUGGAAGCUCUACCGCAGGCUUCUUUGUCAAAGAUAGUGUACAUUUUAAUCGUGCAUCCGGAGAUUUUCAAUCUACAGUCCUGAAUGGGAGUGUGACUUUUGGGUGUGGAGCUAAACAGUCUGGGGAGCUAGGUUCGUCUGAUGAGUCAGUUGAUGGAAUAAUUGGAUUUGGACAAAAUAACUCGUCCCUAAUAUCACAGCUCGCUUCAGCUAAGAAGGUGAAAAAGGUGUUUUCUCAUUGCUUGGAUGGGAAAAAUGGCGGGGGUAUUUUUGCUAUUGGAGAAGUAGUACAGCCAAAAUAUGCUUCGACACCUCUGGUCCCAGAUAUGCCACAUUAUAAUGUUAUUAUGAAGGCAGUUGAGGUGGGUGGUGAUGUUCUAGAACUUCCAACAGAUAUAUUUGAUGCUGGUGAUAACAGAGGCACUAUAAUUGAUAGUGGUACAACACUGGCCUAUCUUCCUGAUGAAGUUUUGAGGCCAAUGAUGAAAAAGAUAAUGGCACGGCAACCUGAUGUGAAACUUCACACACUGGAGGAGCAGUUCACGUGCUUUCCGUACAAAGGAAACGUUGAUGAUGGUUUUCCAGUUGUCACCUUUCAUUUUGAAGAUUCACUUUCUUUGUCAGUUUAUCCCCAUGAUUACCUUUUUGCUGUUGAUGAUGAUCAAUGUUUUGGUUGGAUGAACAGUGGCCUGCAGACAAAGGAUGGCAAGGAAUUAACUCUCUUGGGAGAUGUUGCACUAUCAAAUAGGCUUGUUGUGUAUGACCUUGAAAACCAGUCCAUUGGAUGGACCGACUACAACUGCUCUUCCAGCAUCAAAGUGAAGGACGAACAGUCUGGAAAGGUGUUUUCUGUUGGCGCCCAUAAUAUAUCUGCUGCUUCAAUAAACAGUUUCGUCACGUCAAAGAUUUUGACUCUCUUGUUGUUUAUGGCCAUCUUGUGCAACUUGAUGUGAUGACAUAUUCGGAUAAAGCAGAAUCUCAUCAACAUGAUUGUAUUUGUUGUUGUACUAUAAUAUCUAAUGAUAAUCGAGUUUACAUGAUUCUUUGAACA